UAGCGAAAGCUCAGACCUUUAAAAAACUUCACUUGUGAAGAGAGAUUUGCUAUCUCAUUUCUCCAUUGAUAAAAGCUUCGGUUGGCCUCAAAUACAUAUAGAAGAGAUACAGAGACGCAUAUAGAUCUGCUAGAUCUUUCCGAGUAAUUGAACUUUUAGGUUAAAUCUGAACCUACAUCGCUUCUAUGGCGCAGUUCGUGAAGAAAGACGAUGAUCGCGACGAGGAAGCAGAGUACUCUCCGUUUCUUGGAAUUGAGAAAGGGGCAGUUCUUCAAGAAGCUAGGGUUUUCAAUGAUCCUCAGCUAGAUUCAAGGAGGUGUUCCCAGGUUAUUACAAAGCUGCUUUACCUUUUAAAUCAAGGGGAAACCUUCACGAAGGUUGAAGCCACAGAAGUUUUCUUUUCUGUGACAAAACUUUUCCAAGCUAAAGAUAUUGGUUUAAGAAGAAUGGUGUAUUUGAUAAUAAAAGAGCUUUCUCCCUCUUCAGACGAGGUUAUUAUUGUCACAAGCUCCCUUAUGAAGGACAUGAAUAGCAAAACUGAUGUGUAUCGAGCAAAUGCUAUCCGUGUUCUUUGUCGUAUCACAGAUGGAACACUUCUUACUCAAAUAGAGAGGUACUUGAAACAAGCUAUUGUUGACAAAAAUCCUGUAGUUGCUAGUGCAGCUUUAGUCAGUGGUAUCCAUUUGCUCCAGACAAAUCCAGAGAUUGUGAAAAGAUGGAGCAAUGAGGUACAAGAAGCUGUUCAAUCAAGAGCUGCACUUGUACAGUUUCAUGCACUUGCUCUCCUCCACCAGAUAAGACAAAAUGACAGAUUGGCUGUGAGCAAAUUAGUUACCAGUUUAACAAGGGGUACAGUUCGUUCACCUUUAGCCCAAUGCCUUUUAAUUCGUUACACAAGUCAGGUUAUUAGAGAAUCAAGUAUGAACAAUCAAGGUGGUGAGCGUCCAUUUUAUGACUUUCUAGAAGGUUGCCUUCGCCACAAAGCAGAAAUGGUUAUCUUUGAAGCUGCAAGGGCAAUAACGGAAUUAAACAAUGUUACUAGUAGAGAAUUGACUCCUGCAAUUACUGUUCUACAGCUCUUUUUAAGCUCUUCAAAACCUGUUCUUCGGUUUGCUGCUGUUCGCACCUUAAACAAGGUGGCAAUGAGUCACCCAAUGGCAGUAACUAACUGUAACAUAGAUAUGGAGAGCUUGAUUUCUGAUCAAAAUAGAAGCAUUGCUACACUUGCCAUUACAACACUGCUGAAAACAGGGAAUGAAUCAGGUGUUGAUCGUUUAAUGAAGCAAAUUACAAACUUCAUGUCUGAUAUUGCUGAUGAGUUUAAAAUCGUUGUGGUGGAUGCCAUUAGAUCCUUGUGUUUGAAGUUCCCCCUUAAGUACAGAACAUUGAUGAAUUUCUUAAGCAAUAUUUUGAGGGAAGAAGGUGGAUUUGAGUACAAAAAAGCAAUUGUUGAUUCAAUUGUGAUUCUCAUAAGGGACAUUCCUGAUGCAAAAGAAAGUGGCCUUCUUCACUUGUGUGAAUUUAUCGAGGACUGUGAAUUCACUUAUCUUUCAACACAGAUUCUCCAUUUUCUUGGUGUUGAGGGACCAAAGGCAUCUGAUCCUAGCAAAUACAUAAGAUAUAUUUAUAACCGUGUCAUACUUGAGAAUGCAACUGUUCGAGCUAGUGCAGUUAGCACAUUGGCAAAAUUUGGUGCUGUGGUUGAUUCUUUGAAGCCCCGUAUUUUCGUUCUUUUGAGGCGCUGCUUAUAUGAUAAUGAUGAUGAGGUUCGUGAUAGGGCUACUUUAUAUUUGAAUACUCUUGGAGGAGAUGGUUCAGUUGUUGAAACUGAUAAAGAAGUGAAGGAAUUUCUCUUCGGGUCACUUGAUAUCCCACUUGUCAACUUGGAAACCAGUUUGAAGAACUACGAACCUUCGGAAGAGCCUUUUGAUAUCAGUUCUGUACCCAGAGAAGUGAAAUCUGUGCCACUUGCAGAGAAAAAAUCUGCUGGUAAAAAGCCCACUGCUCUUGGUGCACCUGCAGCCACCCCCAUUUCUACAGUUGACACAUAUGAGAAGCUACUAUCAUCCAUUCCAGAGUUUUCUUCCUUUGGACAACUUUUCAAGUCAUCUGCACCAGUGGAGCUGACUGAAGCUGAAACAGAAUACGCAGUUAAUGUUGUCAAACACAUUUUCGACAAACAUGUUGUGUUCCAGUAUAACUGUACCAACACAAUUCCUGAACAGUUACUAGAAAACGUUGCGGUUGUUGUGGAUGCUUCAGAAGCAGAAGAAUUUGCUGAGGUGGCAACCAAGCCAUUGAAAGCCUUACCAUAUGAUACACCCGGUCAAACAUUUGUUGCAUUCGAGAAACCCGAAGGCACUCCAGCUGUUGGCAGAUUUUCCAAUGUCUUGAAAUUCUUCGUAAAAGAGGUUGAUCCCUCAACUGGUGAGGUUGAGGAAGAUGGUGUAGAAGACGAAUAUCAACUGGAAGACUCAGAGAUUGUUGCAGCCGACUACAUGCUUAAAGUCGGUGUUUCCAAUUUUAGAAACGCAUGGGAAAGCCUUGGCCCUGAUUUUGAGCGAGUUGACGAAUACGGCCUUGGUCCAAGGGAAAGCUUGAGUGAUGCCGUUAGUGCCGUUAUUACCCUUCUUGGCAUGCAACCUUGCGAGGGUACGGAGGUGGUUGCGGGGAACUCGAGAUCACACUCGUGCUUGUUAUCGGGUGUAUACAUAGGGAAUGUGAAGGUAUUGGUUCGUUUGUCAUUUGGGGUUGAUAGUUCCAAGGAAGUGGCAAUGAAACUUGCGGUUAGAUCUGAAGAUGAAUCCGUGAGUGAUGCGAUUCAUGAUAUAGUAGCCAACUAAUACUAAUAACAAUAAAUCCAUUUUUAAUUUUUACAAUCUUACUACAUAUUUCCAUUUUUAUAUUCUAUCUUUUUGAUGUUUAGAAGUUGGUUGUAGAAGAGAGAGAGAGAGAUAUAUAAUGUACUUGGUUUUUGUGUCCCUUAGUGAAGUAUUAGACAUUUUUUGAGAGUGGUUUCUUGGAAUGUAUUGUCAUUUGCC